UACUUGCAUGUUCCAGUUAAUAAAAAUAACAAAUAAGCAAAUCUGUUAAGGAAAAUAGCUGAUUAAUAUGUGAGGUUGUUUGCCUAGCACUUUUACUGCAUUAUAAUGAAGUAUCUAUAAACUGUCCUAAUUCAUAAUUCAACAAAUCACAAGUUUAUAAGACCAGGUGAGUGUGGCCUUAAGUCUGGAAAGGCUGGUAAGGCCAACUUACAUGUGCAACCUGAAUCCCACCAAGGUAGCCCAGCAUCAAAUAAAGGACUAAGAAAGAAGAUCAAAUAAUAUAGCUGGAGGUAUGUCAUUAACAAGACUGCAAGAACUUGUGCAAGAAGGGAUCAAAGGAGUGAAAAAAGAAGACUGGGCCUGUUAUUAUAGCUAUGAUAUGAACACCGAAAAUUCCUAUCGGGAAAAGGACACAAUUAUGGAGGAUGUUAUUAUUAACUUGGGCGACACUGACUACAGUGAUGGUGAUAGUGACAGUGGUACUGAUACCAAAGAUGUAGAAUCAUUCAUGUUUGAUUUCAUUCCCCUAUAGCAUAGCUCAUGUGACUGAAGACAAGGCUUGUGAGCAAGAAGUAACAGUUGAUGGUACCAUAGACUUCAACAUGGACCUCAUCCCUCCUGACGAUGAAUGCAAUAUAUACAAGUGGCAUGCAGAUGUUGUGGGUUACAACAUGGACGUGACUGUCAACUAUUUAGAUUUAGAUGAAGUUGCUGGGAACUAUUUAAUCAUCAGCCCAGGACCCUCACUGGUGCAAGAUGAAGCCAGUGUUGUCCUAACUGGUAUCAUCCAAACCACAAAAAAGAUUCGAGUGAUGGAUCAUAAUGAAAUGUCUGUACUACUGGUCACACAAAACAAGAUCACCAAUGGAACCAGGAAGAACAAUGGAUUUCAGCUCUCCUAUGAAGCUUUUGGAGAAUUGACAACAGAGCCAUCCACCACAACAUCAAGACCCACACCACCACCUGCCCCUUCAGAUGUUGAUGACGACAUAAGUGUAUAUGUGAGUGGCAUAACCCCCCCUCAGUUUUACAAGAAAAGAGGUUCAUUUAAGGAAGUUGUUGCCGAGAUGGCCAAUGACUACUGCAGUGAAAGCAAGAAUAUUCAACUUCAAAAGAACGCAACGUCAAGUGAUGUGAGACUCCAAUUGAUUACUGAGUGUCCAAGAACAUGGCCUAACUGGGAAACCUGCAUAAAAGUAAACCUCACCAUACCACUCCAUGUGCUCGGAAGUGAUUAUCAACUAGACAGAACAAGUCUUGAAGAAAUGUGGAAUAAGUAUGCAAAAAAAGGUCUGGAGAAAAUUAAUCUGAAGGUAUACCAGGUGCCAGACAAUGAAGAGAUGCUGCACCUCUGGCUGUACAUCUCACUGGGUGUGGUAGCUAUAUUCACACUACUCAUGAUUGUCGUGUGGCGCCUUGACCUCUUCAAUACCAGUAACAAGAAAGGAACUGCACCACCAUUUGGAAGGGUAAGCACUGCAAGUACUGACUCCUGGAUAUCAAACUCAUACCAAGAGGUUCCACCAAUGACAGACCUCCUCUACGAUGAUACCUAUAAUAAAACAAGAGCAAAUGAGGACAACAUAACUUCACCAAAGACAUUAAAUACGUCCCAUGAUGAAAGAACAAAGUCAUUGGAUGAGUUUGGUGCAGCCUUCUACUUCCAAAAUCGUGUCUCCAACAUUGGCUAUGAUAAUCCUUCAUUUGACGUCUCCAGUGAGCAGCAUCACCAGAAGAAUACGAACACUGACGAUUUCAGUUCUGAUGAUGAGUCAAUGUUAGGAGCCAAUACAAUGAAUAACACAAGGCCAAAUCAUGACCACCUGUAUGAAGCUCCAAAGCAAGUAACAUACCAGGAUCAAAAUAACGAAUCUGCCCUCUAAUGCAGUGCUGAGGGAAUGCAAAGAAGUGGAUGCACAAAUGCAGCAACAUUUCUCUGACAGCAGUUUACUACAGUGGAGCCCAACAUGAUCAGUUAACAUAUUCCACACUACAUGGGCACCAAACACACAAAUAAAAUUAAUUUAUUCACAUCCCUCCCCCCACCUGUACACCUGAAAAUGCUAUUUAAUUUGUUCCUCAUGGCCAUAAUGGUUGAACAUUUAAUGUUCUCUUGCUAUGUCAUAGAGACAGAACUAACAUGAUGCCUUUCACAUAGUUACACCAGUUGCAAAGUUAUACACCAUAACAUCAAGUAACAACUAUAACUUUAUGAAAUAACAAGGUUAAAAUAUGAGGUUAAUCUAUCUGACAAGAGUUAAUUAAUUUACUCGUAAUUUUAAACAAAAUUUUGUCAUUCCAUUGUUAAUAAUUUUACAUCUGAAAUAUUUCCUAUACUGCACACCUCACUGUAUUGAUUCUUAACAUGUUUUAAUGGACUGUACAAUAAAUUACAUCUGUCCACAAAACAAAUGGUAGAAAUGUAACUUUCAAACACAUUAUAUGGACAUGCUAUUACUGCAUAAUAAAUUCUUCCUGAGCUACCACCUUACACAGCCUGAGAAGAAUUCAUUAUACUUGGUCACUGUAAAAGCUUCAGAUCAAACAUGCUAUUACUGUGUACAAAAUUCACAGUUAAUAAAAAAAAAAUGUUUCAGAACACAAUGGCAGCUACCAGUGAAGUUUAAAGGCCACCAACCAAUUAAUCUUAAUUUCCAUUUACAUAACUUAUAAACAAGCAAGCCAGUUGCAGUGGCCACACGGUCUGAGGCAUAGACCUCGUGCGCUUGGACACUGGGUUCAAAUCACACUCAAGGCAUGGAUGUUUGCAUCUUUCCGUAUUGGGCUGUCCUGUAUAGGUAGAGGCCUUGUUCAAGGUGUCCUACCAAAUGUCUAAUAAGAUUAAAUGAAUAAAUUGAGUACCUUGACACCUGCGGGUAGAAGAGGAUAAAGACUAAAAAACAACAAGAAAGCCUUAUUUUAUUGGUGUACCUCAUAAUUAAAGGUUAUAUAAACAGGGAAAUUACUACGCAAAUCAGGUAUGUUGUCACUAAAGAGAUUCAGAUACCAAACUGGGUUCUGAUAGGCAAUUUACAAAUUAUAUUUAACAAUCUAGUAAAAAUUAAACUACAAUGUUUUAUGAAGUUAAUAAGUGGCUGCCAGAUAUAAUUCAAAGCAACUAAUUUUUACUUGUUUUUGGUGAAAAUUUUGAAUACAAAAUGUAAAUGUCACAUUCCCAACACAAGUGAACAGACACUGUUUCAAAUCUACAGCACAGAGUGAACUCCCAUGUCAACAUUCAUAAAACUGAUAGGAGGGAUAAUGCUACCCCUACCCAAAUGUAAUAAAUUUAGUUACCUGAUUUGCUUUCAGGUGCACAUUUUAUAGUCUGUAAAAAUUAAUGGGAUUCCAGUACGUGAUAUUCUUAAUCUUUGAUCACAGCAAACAAAAAGGUCUAUGACAUAACAUGAAACUCAUAAUUCUUUCAAGGACAUAAUUCAUUCCAUCAUUAAUGGGACUAUCAAUCAAGUACCUACUUAACAGACUGAUUACUUCAAAUUAACCAGUUUACCCUCGAAGUGGCAGCUGAUGAUUUUCUGACAGCUACUCUGAAAGAACAACCCUCAAAUUCUUGGAAGUUCAGUAAGGCAUUCUUAGUUCCAAAAAAGAAGUUUCUGAAUGUCUGUAGCAGCAGUUUGUGGCAUCCCUAUAACCAAGCCUCACACAUCUAGCCCUCAAAAUGAUUGUUCAGCUUCACAUUCUUGUUAAUUUAGACCCAGGCAGCUCCAAGAGCCCCAAUGAUGGUGGACAUGACAACAAAGAGAAAGAUCCCUGCCUCUGCCAGAAGCUGAACUCCAUCCAUCCAGCCUGCACUCAGUCAUUUCACUCACUUACAAUUGUUCCAAAGUUUGACUGUCAAGUGUUCAUCAGAUGUGUAUUUGGAAUUAUGUUUUCUGCCACUUCUAGGGUUUGUGACACAAAAACUGUAAUAAACUUAUACAAGAGAAUAUAAUUGUGACCUCAAAUUUUAAGCUUACUAAAUACAGUACAUAGAACUUACUGAUCCAGCAGUAUUUUAUGUCAACCUUCUGUAUGCUGUUUAAUUCAGAAAACAAAGCCUUUUUGUCUGUAAAUUUCAAUGACAAAAAGUCACAAACAAAUGGCAGGAGUCUACAUUUUUACUAAUAUCAAAAACACAAGUAUUCUUAACUAAAAUAUCCAAUUUCUGUAUAAAAUGUCUUGCUUGUACAUGGAAAAGGAAGUCUGAAUAAACUGUUAUAGAGAACAUUA